UGAUAACACUUCAUAACAUUUUGGGACAAAUGCAUAGAAAGAUUUACAAUUGGCAUAGGGGUAGACUAACAUUAUUAAAGUCAAAAUUGAUUAAGUAAGGUAUUGUUGAAUCACAUUUAAUAGGCCAAACUAUCUCGAUAAUUAUCGCCAAAUUAAACAAGCCAGAUUGCCCCAACCUCAGCCACCCCUUUAUUUUCUUUAUUCUUACUUAUUUUUUUGUGUGAAGAGCCCCAAAUUUUUUUUAAUUUUUUUAUUUUUUAAGUGUUGACUCACUUUAGUACUUUACUAAUACGAGUAAUUAACUAAUUUCUUUUUUCAAAAGAAUUCCUGCUCGAAGCUUAGGUGGCACCGCACCAAAAAAAGAUUCAAAUUCUCGCCCGUUACAGAGAACCCCCACACUUUUCCCUCUUCAUACACACGAAUCACGAUUCCGCAAACCUAGGGUUUCAUACUCUACAUUCAAACUCCAAUCAAUUUCAUAAAUCCCAAUUAAUUUUUUCGAAUUUCUUUCAUAACCCAUCAAAAUUCUCAGCAUAAUCUACUAAACCCACCAAUUUCCCCAGUUUUUUCUUGCUCAAAAAUGGGUACAACAAAUCCCUUAAACCCUCAAAACCCCACUUCCCCCUUCUCACAGUUCUCAGCAGAAUCUUACCACCCCAUGUUACAAGAAUCAAUACAGCUUUUCUUAUCUCAAAUUCAAUCUGGAAUUUCUGAUUUUUCCCAUUUUAAUUUGAUGUUUUCCCGCUUAAUUCAUACAAUGCCUUCCCCACCCAUUGAGAUUGUUUGGUUUUACUCAGCUGUAAAUUUUCAUACCCACAAAAAAUUAAUUGCCCAGAAAAAUUUAGUUUCCCAGGAUGAUAAUUUGGGCAGAAUUUUAGCUAUUAAGGAGCUUUUUCAGUCAUUAGUUGCUUGUUCAGGUCCAUGUAGUAGUAGUCUCCAGAAAGUUGCUGUUUUAGCUCCAUUAAUUUUCGAGCUGUAUAAUUUGGUUCUUGAUUUGAAAGUAAAUGCUAGGUUUAGCUUAGAUAAAGCUAUCACUGUAGAGAUUGGUUGUUUGGUUGAGCGUUUAGUGAGUUAUAUUAGCUUGUGUUGUUGUGAAGGGGUGGACGAUCAUGAUGACACGAUCGCUUUUUCGCCAUGUUUUGUGGAUUUGGUUAAGGUUUGGACUGUUCAAAGGCGGGAGAUUGGUUUCGAGUUCAAGGAUGAUUUUAAGAUGUUUUUUCCAAUGAUCAGCGAUGAGGCUCGAAAUGGACUUUUGGUUGGUAGUAGGGUUGGUGCUUUAGCUGGGAUUGUCAUGUGUCAGACCUUUUUGCUUAGUCUGUGCUUGAAGUUUGGGUUGGAAGAUCCACAGGAGAAGCUUAAGGAAGAUGUCCUAAAUUUGGCUGCUAAUAGCAUUAUCGGAUAUAGAAGUUGUUACUUCUUUGAUACCCUUCUCAAGAUGCUGUUGGAGUUCAGUUUGCCUGUUACCUCCCUACUGACCGUGGUUGAUGAAGUACUGCUGCGAGAAGCCCUAUUUGAUGCAAUCAUCUUGGUAGAUUACCCAUUCUUUAAUCCAGGAUGUGGAAUUCGUCUUUGUAGCCAUCACUUAAACAGCCUUGCUUCAACAUGGUUAUUUGUUGCAGACAAGGCUAUGAAGUUUGUUUGGCAUAAAGGUGACCAAACUAAAGUCAUCUCAUAUAUGAAAGCUUUCUCAAAAUCUCUCAUACACUCUCAGUUAUUGAAGUGGGUCUCAACACAAAUUGUUAUGGCAGAGGAUGCAAACAAAAAUAUUUCAACUCCAGCAGCUUUUAUGGAAUGGCUUGUACAACUUACUAGCCAAACUUCAAAGGGCUUCUUCAAUGAGGAGUUCUCAAUGCUUCUUGAAAAAGCUAUGAAUUACAUAUCUGAGAUGAAAACUGCACUUCCAUACUUGGCUCUAGAUGGUAAUUACAAUUUCUGCAUUGACCAAAAAGUUAGAGAAAAUGGAGGUGCUGAUGAGGAUUUUGAGAUGAUCGAUACUGCAGAGGGUGCUAAAACUGGCUGCAAUACCACCUUAACAGCCAAUGACGAAUGCAGAAAGCGUAAAGGGGAAAAGGAUGAAGGCGGCAUACGAGUGAAACUUCUUAAAUACCAAAUGCAUGACAGUCCAAUCAAGAGUUUCUCACCUUUCCAAAAUGAAGUUGGUUUGAUUAGAAGGAGCUAGCCAGAUAAUUUUCUAAUGCCUAAUGACGAAGCAGAAAUUUUGUUCCAACAAUCAGACUGUUAUGAUUGUUGAUUGUGUAAUCCCGGCUGCUUGCAGGUGCAGUCUUGUAGCGUAGAAGAGUCAGGAAUCUGCCAGAGGCAGGAAAAAUUGUAUCGGGCAAAAAUUAUAUCAGCCUAUAACCGUAAUUCUCUAAGACACUCUAAUGUGUACUGGUUAUUGAGUUAUGUCAUUGUAAGCACAAUGUGUACUGUAAAUUUAUCUAUCUUAUUGAUGCUAAAACAAAUACAAUACUCACAA